ACUGCGGAACUCUCUAAUCCAAAUAAAUAUCAUUAACCAUAACUUUCAUCCACCAAAAGUAGUGAAAUUUCCAUUUCUCAACCUUAUCCAAUGGAAUCCGGUGAAGAUAUCGAACUGAUCAACAUGGCAAUCCAGAAACUCUUAGAAGAAACCAGAAUGACAGAUAUCUCUGGUGAAAAACCCCUUGGAAACGACGACAAUCAGCUCCUCUCCAGAUUAUUCUCUCAGUUAGAAUCAUUAAAAGAAGAUGGCAAGCUGAAGCAAUCCGAACCAGGGGAGGUUAAUUCUCAAAAGGGUGAUGGUGAUAAAGCCGAGGCAAAAAGUGAAAACGGCACUGCAUGUGGGGGAAUCGGUGUCGAAGAAUUAAGGAAAGAGAUUAAAGAGUUAAAGAAGCAGAAUUUUAUAACCCAUUGCCUUGUUUCGGCCAUGAUCGUCAUCGCUUUGUUCUGGCAAGUGUCAGAGGCAUCCCUCCUCCUCAAGGUUAAAGAUGGCUUCUCUCACCCUUUUAGUUCAUUUGGAAGUUGGCUUGUUAACAAGGUUAAAAGACCUGCAAACCAACAACAUAAUCACCUUAUUGAACAUUCGGGCCACUCUGUUCAAAUUCCCGAGCUUCCCCAUGUUGAGUUUCCUCACCUGGGAUCGAGUGGUGAAGGAUACUGAGCCAUUGAAGGUUUC